AUGUUUUAUAGAAGUGUAUCAAAUUCUAUUUAUGAUUUUAUUUUAUUAAAAGUGAUUUUUUAUGGAUGGUGUAUUUGUAAUACACUGUGGUUAUUAAAUACUUAUAACUCAAAAUAUAUAUCAACAUUAUUUGAAAAUAUAUCUUGGACUCAAUAUUUGGAAAGAAAUGGAUUAAAUAUAAUAUAUUUUAUAUAUUUUGGAAUUAUUGGACCUGCUGGUGCUAUAUUAUUCUAUAUAAUAAAUCAUAGAUUUAUAAAAUAUAUUAUUUUACAUAAAGGUGGUAAUAAUGUAUCAAUAAUUACCAAUCAUGUAUUAAAAAAUAAUUAUACUAUGACACUUCCUAUUAAUAAGAUAAAAAUUAAAUUUGCAAGAGAUAAAAUGACACAUUAUUUACCUAUGAAAAUUCAAGGUACAAGCUUUUAUUAUAUUAUUGAUGGAAAAGGAACAUUUUUAAAUAAAAAAUUAUUUGAUUACACAGUUGGAAAAGCAAAAAAUUGGUAA